AAACCCUUGUUUCAGGUUAGGUUUUUCUACUUCAGCAGCCCACCUGACCCAAAACAGUCGAGCGGAGAAAGACAAAUUGGAAGAAAGAAAUUCCGACCGAGCAUUUCCUACAGUUGCCGAGUUCCGGUCAACAACUGCAAACCACAGCAUCCGCUGAAGCAGGAGCAGCGUGCUAACACCACCACCGACAUAGCCUUUAAACAAGCUCUGUCGGGAAACUUGGUUUAAUUAGGCAUGGACAAGAACAUUCUACAAGGACUUGAAGGAAUACCUGAAGAGGACAAGAUGCGUAUGGCCGCAACAAUUGAUCAACUACAAGUGCGAGAUAGUAUGAGAAUGUAUAAUUCAGUUGUAGAGAGAUGCUUCAAUGAUUGUGUCGAUAGCUUUACACGCAAAUCACUUCAGAAGCAGGAAGAGACUUGUGUUAUAAGAUGUGCCGAGAAGUUCUUGAAGCAUUCAAUGCGCGUCGGCCUGAGGUUUGGUGAGCUUAAUAAUAUGCAGGCUACACCGGACCAAAGUAGCUAAAGGACCAGCAGAUUGGCUAAAAAUUUGUUUGCCAAUGUAGAAAUCUUAUUUGGAUAAAUAGGGGAUGCUUUGCUAUUUAUCAUUUUCAACUGAUUCUCCCAAGAGUUUUGAUAAUUUUUGCUUAAAUGUCUAUCUUUUAUUAUAAACUUAAAGAAUAUUAGUGGCCCCCUUAUGAAUGAUAAUAAAACAUUCUGAUUGUUUUGAAAUGCAAUAUUUUUGUUCUAGAA